CUAAAGACAAACAUAAUGCUUUUAAAGCUACUGCUUUUUAUUGUUUUCGCCGCGUAACCUAAGUCAGGUUACUAGUUUAGCAUAGACUUUUCUACAGCUCAUGCACGUACCCGUCACAUGACACAAAUGCUACAUCACUAGCUGGUGGAAAAUAAUAAACAAAGACGGCAAAAGCAAAUGGGAUUGUUUUCAACCAAGAAACUGCAUUAGUGCUCGUGAGACCGGCCGACAAGAACUCAAUUGCGGCAUUUUCGUUUUUGACAGUGCACUACACCUGGAAGAGAACUUGCGGAUACGAAAAAACCUACCGUUAUGUGCAGCCAGUCCAUCGAAAAUUUGUGAGACCAAAAGAGUGACUAUGCGAGACGAAAGAUAAAAUGAACAGAAAAAAUGAAAAAGAAAACAUCUAUCCACAGCGCCAGAUAAAAACGAAAAUGCUAUUAAUUGAUAAAAGUUCGUCACUCGCAAAAAACAGCAUCAUAAACCUCUCACUAAUGCCGCUAAACGACAAGUGAACUAAUCGCAGUAAUACACGAAAAUGAUUAGUCACAUUCGUAAGCUUAGCAAUCCGGCGGGAGAGCGCAAUAAGAGACCUAUCCUCGAGGUGCUCAAUAAGUAUCUUGACAAAAGCCAACCGGGUAAGAAAUUGCUGGAAAUCUCCUCUGGCGUGGGAUUGCAUGCGGCGUUUUUCGCUCCUCAUUUCCCCAGCAUUCGUUUUCAACCGUCAGAGUACGAUACCUCUCUCUUCGGCAGCAUCGAAGCCUAUCGACACGAGGCCAACGUACCGAACCUACAAUCGCCUAUUGCGAUCGACAUCUCUCGGCCAUGUACCGAGUGGAACAAUGAUCACCAAAUUAAUUUUGCAACUUCGGCAGAAAGCUUCGAUUACAUACUUAACAUCAACAUGAUCCACAUUUCUCCGAUUGAGUGCAGUCAAGGAUUGUUCUGGAAUGCUUCCAGACUGUUGAAGAAAGGCGGUUUGCUGAUAACCUAUGGACCGUAUGCGGUAAAUGGAACACUUACUCCUGAAAGUAAUGUUCAGUUUGAUGCCUCUUUGCGGAGUCGUAACCCCGCUUGGGGCGUUCGCGAUACGACAGCACUGGAAAAACUCUCUACAGCAAAUGGAAUUGCACUUAAGCAAUCGUUCGAUUUACCAUCUAAUAAUAAAUGCUUGAUCUGGGAAAAGAUUAACGAACUGAAGGACAUAUAACCGUAAGUUGUUCACUAUUGCAUAUGAUCGUUAAAGACCCCAAAUUGAAUUAUACAAUAUGUAAAAAAUAUACGGUUAAAAUCAAA